GCUCAUAUUAUUGGAGAUCAAGGAUCUUGAUCAGACGAAGAAUUGAACGACAAAAAGCAAACAUUAAUCCCGAAGAGCAAUACGCUAUUAAAAAGCGACAGCGUAAAAUAUGGAAAAAACGGAAUCUAAUACGGGAAGCAGCAUUGCGAAGAUUAUAUUCCAAACUUCAAACAAGUGAAAGUUUAGAACCAUAUCAAAUAUGGAAAAAAAAAUAUAUUCAAGAAAAUUAUGAAGAUUUACAACGAUAUAAAAAAUCUGGAAUGUUUCCAUUUUAA